ACUCAACAAUGGCGGUUAUCUCUCUCUUCUUUCUCUCUCUUCUGCCUCUCCACUUGCGUUCUGACAAGCUCCGUUAUCACCCUUCCCGAUAUCUCCUUUAACCGCCAUAACAAAAAAGAAUAUCCUUCCUCUGCCCCACCACUCUCCCAGCACUUCUAGCCGUUGCCCAUACCCAUUCUCUCUCUCCUCUCCCUCUUAUAUAAAUACCCUUUCCUCUCCAUUCCUCCAUUUUUGCUCUGCAAUUUCUCUCCUUCGCCGGAGCAUCUUCAGAGCUUUGAUCCCGUUCCGAUCUUCUCUGACUGACGGCCUCUGUUUUUUCUUUCUUUUAAGAUUUCUGGGUUCGCCGCCAUGGAGGCCCGAAUUUCAUUCCUGUUGGGUGUUUCGAUUCUGAUGCUUGUGCUGCCAGGCGGGUUUCCGACAAGCUUUACUUUUGUGAACAAAUGUGGAUUCACAGUCUGGCCGGGCAUUCUGUCGAACGGUGGCGUUCCGCCGCUUUCCACCACUGGUUUCUCUCUCCAGUCUGGAGAAUCCAAGACGCUGCCUGCGCCGACGUCUUGGGGCGGCCGGUUCUGGGGCCGAACACUCUGUUCCGAAGAUUCCACCGGGAAAUUCUCCUGCGGUACUGGCGAUUGCGGCUCCGACAAACUUGAGUGCGCCGGAAAUGGAGCGAUGCCUCCGGCCACUCUGGCGGAAUUUACACUCGACGGCUCCGGCGGCCUUGAUUUCUUCGACGUCAGUCUGGUGGACGGUUACAAUCUUCCAAUGAUGGUAGUGCCACAAGGCGGCUCCGGUGACAAUUGCACUAGCACCGGCUGCGUUGUGGAUCUAAACGAUGCGUGUCCUUCAGAGCUGCGCGUGAUGAGCUCUGACGGAAGAGAGAGCGUCGCGUGUAAAAGCGCGUGUGGUGCCUUCAACCAACCGCAGUAUUGUUGUACAGGCGCGUACCAAACACCUGAUACUUGUCAGCCGUCGAUGUACUCUCAGAUCUUUAAGAAAGCGUGCCCACGCGCUUAUAGCUACGCGUAUGAUGACAAGACGAGUACCUUCACAUGCGCCAGUGCCGAUUAUGUUAUCACCUUCUGUCCAUCGCCAAACACCAGCCAAAAGUCAUCCGAUGCACAGAACUCACCGGCGACGGCGAACCGAUCUUCCAGCGGCGAUGUUGGUAUGGUGUACGAAGCCGGAUCCCUGAUCCAAACCGACGCAGCGCCGCCGCGUAUGGCCGGAAUAUCAGCGGUUGGUACGGUGGCGAUUUGGUGGUUAUGGCAGUUCUACUUCUGACGAGGAUAGACCAAGACCAUAACGCACAUCUAUAUUCGGGUUCAGGCGUGAUGGGCCUUAUUAUGGGCCCACGAGUAAUUGACUAUGACGUUAAAAGCCCAGACUCCAGCCGAUGAGAAACCGUGACCAAUCGGCGAGGAAAGGGAAAAAUAAAUCGGCGAGGGCCAACAAAUCGGAUUUAUCUAAACUUAAGGGUUGAUUUUUAAUUAGAUUUUUUUGGAGGGAUUGAAAAAGAAAUGGGGAUUCAUUUUUAGACGUAAUUGUGAUAAGGAUAUAAUAAAAUUUUAGGUAAU